AUGUGCCACACCAGCUGCUCCGCUGUCUGCCACCCGGGCUGCUGCGUGCCCAGCCCCUGCCAGGCAGCCUGCUGUGUGCCUGUGUGCUGCAAGCCCACCGUGUGCGAGCCCGUGUGCUGCAAGCCCGCCGUGUGUGUGCCCGUGUGCUGCAAGCCAGCUGUGUGCGUGCCCGUGUGCUGCAAGCCCGCUGUGUGCGUGCCCCUGUGCUGCAAGCCUGCCGUGUGUGUGGCCCCCUCCUGCCAGCCCUCCUGCCCCGCCCUCCUCUGCAGUCCUGUCUCCUGUGGCACCCCUGCCUGCUGCUGA